AUGCAGCCAUUCGAGAAGAUGAAACAGAAGAAGAAGGACCGACCAAGUCCAAGUGUUUCAGUGUUAAAGCUCUUCUCCUUUGCUGAUUUCUACGAUUGCGUUCUGAUGGCCCUUGGAUCCAUCGGUGCGUGCAUUCACGGAGCCGCCGUUCCAGUUUUCUUCAUCUUCUUCGGCAAACUCAUCAACAUUAUCGGUCUUGCUUACCUCUUCCCACAAGAAGCUUCUCACAAAGUCGCCAAGUACUCGUUGGAUUUUGUAUAUCUGAGUAUAGCGAUGCUCUUCUCAUCAUGGUUAGAGGUCUCAUGUUGGAUGCAUACGGCGGAGAGACAAGCGGCGAAGAUGAGAAAAGCAUAUCUCAAGUCAAUGUUAAGUCAAGACAUAAGCUUAUUCGAUACAGAAUCUUCCACCGGAGAAGUCAUAUCCGCCAUCACCUCCGACAUACUUGUCGUCCAAGACGCUCUCUCCGAGAAGGUUGGGAAUUUCUUGCACUGCAUGAGCCGGUUUGUAGCCGGAUUUGUAAUCGGAUUCACGAGCGUAUGGCAAAUAAGUCUCGUCACUCUGUCUAUAGUCCCGUUCAUUGCUCUCGCCGGAGGCAUCUACGCUUUUGUCAGCACCGGGCUUAUCGCUCGGGUCCGGAAAUCAUACGUCAAAGCCGGCGAUAUUGCCCAAGAGGUUAUUGGGAAUGUGAGGACCGUACAAGCGUUCACGGGUGAAGAAAAGGCAGUGAGAUCGUACGGAGAUGCUCUGAAGAACACGUACACGUACGGGAGAAAAGCCGGUUUAGCCAAAGGACUAGGACUCGGUUCGAUGCAUUGUACCCUGUUUUUGUCUUGGGCAUUGCUCAUUUGGUUCACAAGCAUCGUCGUUCACAAAGGAAUCGCUAACGGAGGCGAAGCUUUCACGACCAUGCUCAACGUCGUCAUCGCUGGCUUGUCUCUUGGUCAGGCAGCUCCAAACAUUUCCACAUUAAUACGAGCUAGAGCUGCAGCGUAUCCGAUAUUUCAGAUGAUCGAACGGACCACGGAGGUGAAAACGGGUCGUAAACUCGGUAAAGUAAACGGAGACAUUAUCUUCAAGGAGGUUUCUUUCACUUACCCGUCUCGACCUGACGUGGUGAUCUUUGAAAAGCUUAACCUCGAGAUCCCUGCCGGGAAAGUCGUGGCUCUUGUCGGAGGAAGCGGGUCUGGUAAAAGCACGAUUGUAUCUCUAAUCGAGCGGUUCUACGAGCCUACCGAAGGGGCCGUGUUGCUUGACGGGAACGAUAUCAGAUACCUUGAUCUUAAGUGGCUCAGAUCACAUAUCGGUCUGGUUAAUCAAGAGCCUGCCUUGUUUGCAACCACGAUUCGCGAGAACAUUUUGUAUGGUAAAGACUACGCGACUGAUGAGGAAAUCAACCGUGCCGCAAAGCUCUCGGAAGCCAUUUCAUUUAUCAACAACCUCCCUGAAGGAUUUGACACCCAGGUAGGUGAGAGAGGUAUUCAGCUAUCCGGCGGGCAGAAGCAGAGGAUCACGAUAUCGAGAGCCAUCGUGAAGAACCCUUCGAUACUCUUACUCGACGAGGCAACAAGCGCUCUAGACGCAGAGUCAGAGAAAAGCGUACAAGAAGCUUUAGACAGAGUGAUGGUUGGGAGGACGACAGUUGUGGUGGCUCAUAGACUCUCCACCGUAAGAAACGCUGACAUCAUAGCCGUCGUUGAAGGAGGAAAGAUCAUCGAAUCCGGAAGCCACGACGAUCUCAUCUCUAACCCGAAUGGAGCUUACACUUCUCUCCUACGUAUCCAAGAAGCUGCUAACCCUAACUUAAGCCACACUCCAAGCUUACCAGUCAGUACAGAUUCCUUGCAGGAAAUACAGUUACAACCGAUAACAAAGACGACGAGCUUUUGCGCAAAACAUCAACCAGGAAACCAACCAGAGACAACCAAACAGAGGAAAGUAACGUUGGGACGUCUCUACUCUAUGAUCCGACCUGACUGGAAAUAUGGAAUUUUUGGGACGUUAGGUGCGUUAAUCGCAGGAGCUCAAAUGCCGCUUUUCGCUCUUGGGAUCUCAACGGCUUUAGUUUCUUUUUACAUGGACUGGGAAACGACUAAGCACGAGGUCAGGAAAAUCUCUAUCCUCUUCUGCUGUGGCUCCGUCAUCACCGUCAUUUCACACGCCAUUGAGCAUACCACUUUCGGUAUUAUGGGAGAGCGUCUCACUCUCCGCGUCCGUCAAAUGCUCUUUUCAGCGAUCUUGAGGAAUGAAAUCGGGUGGUUUGAUAAGGUAGAUAACACUAGCGCGAUGUUGGCGUCGCGGCUCGAAAGCGAUGCGACUUUGCUGAAAACGAUCGUGGUCGAUAGAUCGACGAUUCUACUGGAGAACUUUGGUCUUGUUGUGACUUCUUUCAUUAUUUCUUUCAUACUCAACUGGCGUCUUACUCUUGUUGUCAUAGCAACAUAUCCAUUGAUCAUCAGCGGCCAUAUUAGUGAGAAACUUUUCAUGCAAGGUUAUGGAGGAAACUUGAAUAAAGCGUAUUUGAAGGCUAACAUGUUGGCCGGGGAGGCUGUUAGCAACAUUCGAACGGUGGCUGCCUUUUGUGCUGAGGAGAAGAUUCUAGAACUUUAUUCCAAAGAGCUUCUAGAACCUUCCAAACAAUCUUUCAGGCGUGGACAGAUUGCAGGGAUUUUGUAUGGUGUCGCUCAGUUCUUCAUCUUCUCCUCCUACGGCCUUGCCCUAUGGUACGGUUCGGUUUUGAUGGGGCAAGGAUUGUCAACUUUCGAGUCGGUGAUGAAAACAUUCAUGGUUCUGAUCGUAACUGCGUUAGUGAUGGGUGAAGUGUUGGCUCUAGCACCAGAUUUGCUUAAAGGAAACCAGAUGGUUGCUUCGGUUUUCGAGCUAUUGGACCGAAGAACUCAGGUCGUUGGAGAUGUUGGCGAGGAGCUGAGUGAUGUGGAAGGCACAAUUGAGCUCAAAGGUGUCAAUUUCAGCUAUCCUUCACGUCCUGAUGUGACCAUCUUCCGCGAUUUCAAUCUGAAAGUUCCUUCUGGCAAAAGCAUGGCCCUCGUAGGACAAAGCGGGUCCGGGAAAAGUUCGGUCCUUUCACUCAUUCUCCGGUUCUACGAUCCAACAGUCGGAAAAAUCUUGAUAGACGGACAAGACAUCAAGAAAAUGAAUCUGAAAUCGCUGCGAAGACACAUCGGUUUGGUUCAACAAGAACCUGCUCUUUUUGGAACGACGAUCUACGAGAACAUCUUGUACGGUAGAGAAGGAGCAUCUGAAUCUGAAGUCAUGGAAGCAGCUAAGCUUGCAAACGCUCACAGCUUCAUCAGCUCUCUCCCGCAAGGUUACUCAACCAAAGUCGGUGAACGCGGAGUUCAGAUGUCGGGAGGUCAGCGACAGAGGAUCGCUAUCGCUAGAGCCGUCCUCAAGAAUCCAGAGAUUCUGCUCCUUGACGAAGCCACAAGCGCCUUGGACGUUGAAUCAGAGCGUGUGGUACAACAAGCAUUGGAUCGGCUAAUGAGGAACCGGACCACGGUGGUGGUGGCUCACCGGUUAUCGACGAUCAAGAACUCAGACAUGAUAAGUGUGAUACAAGAAGGUAAGAUCAUAGAGCAAGGCAGCCACAAUAGCCUCGUUAAGAACAAGAAUGGUCCUUACUCUAGACUUAUCAAUCUUCAGCAGCGUCAACAACAACAUCCUUAA